AACGAAGGAGCCUGUAGAGUUAAGAUGGCGGCAUGUGGGUGAGGAGGCUGUAGAGCAAAGCUCCGGUUUUCUUUCGUUAUAAGGACUUAUAUGAAACCACAAAGUUGUAGUUACCUGGAAAAUAAUAUUCCCCCCAUACUACAUACAUUUUCGUCUUAUUUGGAUUGAAAUAAUGACGUCUAUACACUUCGUGGUUCACCCGUUGCCCGGGACCGAGGACCAGCUCAAUGACAGGCUCCGGGAAGUCUCUGAGAAACUCAACAAAUACAAUUACAACAGCCACCCCCACCUCAGUCUUCUUGAGCAGGCCACAUUGAAACAAUGUGUGGUUGGACCAAACCAUGCUGGUUUUCUCCUUGAGGAUGGGCGUGUGUGUCGGAUAGGUUUUGCUGUCCAGCCAGACCGCCUGGAGCUGGGGAAGGCAGACGGCACAGAGGGUUCAAAGUUGAGCAGUGGGUCAGGGGCAGGAAGGAGCUCCAGGCCAGGCAGGACUAGUGAUCCGCCCUGGUUCCUGCCUGGUUCAGACACUUUGGGCAGACUGGCAGGCAACACCCUUGGGAGUCGCUGGAGCUCCGGGGUGAAUGGCGGCGGCAGUGGGGGCGGCGGCAGCAGUGGGGGGGGCGGAGCCGGUGGGGGCGGUGGAAGCAGUGGCGCCGGAGGAGGAGGCGGCGGUGGGGGAGGAGGAGGAGGAGGAGGCUCGUCCGGCCGCUCCUCCACGGCAGCGAGGGAUUCGCGCCGGCAGACGCGCGUCAUCCGCACCGGCCGAGACCGCGGCUCUGGCCUCCUGGGCAGCCAGCCCCAGCCUGUCAUCCCGGCCUCGGUCAUCCCUGAGGAGCUCAUCUCUCAGGCCCAGGUGGUUCUGCAGGGGAAGUCGCGCAGCGUGAUCAUCCGAGAGCUGCAGCGCACCAACCUGGACGUGAACCUGGCCGUCAACAACCUGCUGAGCCGCGAUGAUGAGGAUGGGGACGACGGGGACGACACGGCUAGCGAGUCCUACCUGCCCGGAGAAGACCUCAUGUCUCUGCUGGAUGCGGACAUCCACUCGGCUCACCCCAGCGUCAUCAUUGACGCAGACGCCAUGUUCUCUGAGGACAUCAGCUACUUUGGCUACCCCUCCUUCCGCCGAUCCUCCCUGUCACGCCUCAGCUCCUCUCGAGAGCGCGACUCGGAGCUGCUGCGGGAGCGCGAGUCGGUGCUGCGUCUACGCGAGCGCCGCUGGCUGGACGGCGCCUCCUUCGACGCCGAGCGCGGCUCCACCAGCCGCGAGGGCGAGCCCAGCCUGGACAAGAAGAGCGCGCCGCUGCAGAGCCCCGUCUCCCUCAGCGAGGAGCUCCAGUGGUGGCCAGACAAGGAUGGCACAAGGUUUGUGUGCAUUGCGGCCUUGUACUCUGAGCUAGUAGCAGUGAGCUCAAAGGGAGAGCUCUAUCAGUGGAAGUGGAGUGACCCUGAACCCUACCGAAACGCACAGAAUCCCUCAAUCCAUCACCCGCGGGUGUCCUCCUUGGGCUUGACCAACGAGAAGAUCACACUUCUGUCCGCCACCAGUAUCAGAGCUACUGUAGCUACUGAGACCAACAAGGUGGCGACGUGGGUGGAUGACUCCCUGAGCACAGUGGCCUCCAAGCUGGAGCACGGAGCGCAGAGCUUCCCAGAGCUGCAGGGCGAGCGCAUCGUCUCGCUGCACUGCUGCGCCCUCUACACCUGCGCCCAGCUGGAGAACAGCCUCUACUGGUGGGGUGUGGUGCCGUUUAGUCAGCGGAAGAAGAUGCUGGAGAAGGCUCGAGCCAAGAACAAGAAGCCAAAGUCCAGUGCUGGCAUCUCGUCCAUACCCAACAUCACCGUGGGAACCCAGGUGUGCCUGAGGAAUAACCCUCUGUACCAUGCUGGAGCGGUGGCCUUCUCUGUCAACGCCGGCAUCCCUAAGGUGGGCGUUCUGCUGGAGUCGGUGUGGAACAUGAACGAGAGCUGCAGGUUCCAACUGCGCUCGCCGGAGAGCCUCAAGAACAUGGAGAAGAGCACUAAGACCCAGGAGGCCAAUGUGCUGUUGGCAUGCUGCUCUGUGUUGUGCAGGGCGGAGAGUAAGCCUGAGCUGGUGAAGACUGAGAUGGGCCCCCCUCCCUCCCCAGCCUCCACGUGCAGCGACGCCUCCUCCAUCGCCAGUAGCGCCUCCCUGCCUUACAAGCGGCGGCGCUCUACCCCGGCCCCUAAGGAAGAGGAGAAGGUGAACGAGGAGCAGUGGCCUCUGCGCGAGGUCGUGUUUGUGGAGGACGUGAAAAACGUCCCCGUGGGAAAGGUGCUAAAAGUCGAUGGUGCGUAUGUUGCUGUGAAAUUUCCAGGGACCUCGAGCAGCGUGAGCAGCCAGAGCGCAGCUCCCACUGACUCUGACCCCUCCUCACUGCUGCAAGACUGCAGGCUCCUCAGAAUAGAUGAGCUACAGGUUGUAAAAACUGGGGGAACUCCUAAAGUUCCUGAUUGCUUUCAGCGCACACCUAAAAAACUUUGUAUCCCAGAAAAGGCUGAAAUUCUAGCCGUGAAUGUUGACUCCAAAGGAGUCCAUGCCGUGUUGAAAACAGGCAGUUGGGUUAGGUACUGUAUCUUUGACUUGGCAAGUGGGAAAGCUGAGCAGGAGAAUCAUUUUCCUACCAGCAACCUGGCUUUUCUGGGUCAGAGCGAACGCAACGUGGCCAUCUUCACCGCAGGACAGGAAUCUCCAAUUAUCCUGCGCGAUGGCAAUGGCACAAUUUACCCCAUGGCCAAAGACUGUAUGGGUGGGAUAAGAGACCCUGAUUGGCUGGAUCUGCCGCCCAUCACCAGCUUAGGCAUGGGAGUGCAUUCUCUCGUCAAUCUCCCCAGCAACUCGACCAUCAAAAAGAAAGCUGCUGUCAUAAUCAUGGCGGUGGAGAAGCAGACCCUGAUGCAGCACGUGCUGCGCUGCGACUACGAGGCGUGCCGUCAGUACCUGGCGGGCCUGGAGCAGGCGGUGCUGCUGGAGCAGAACCCGCACGCGCUCGACGCCCUGCUGGGCCACCGCUGCGACGGCAACCGCAACGUGCUGCACGCCUGCGUCUCCGUCUGCUUCCCCGUCAGCAACAAGGAGACCAAGGAGGAGGAAGGUACGGCCCGCCGAGCCGCCGCUUCGAGAGCCGAGGCUGGCCAGGCCAGCUGGGCAGUCCUACAAGCACCCGAAGCCGAGCGCUCGGAGAGGAACACGUUUGCGGAGCGGCUGUCGGCGGUGGAGGCCAUUGCUAACGCCAUCUCGGUGGUGUCCAGCAACAGCUCGGGCAACAGGACCGGCUCCUCCAGCAGCAGAGGCCUGCGACUUAGAGAGAUGAUGAGACGCUCCCUCAGAGCAGCAGGCCUUGGACGCCAUGAGUCUGGCCCCUCCUCCAGUGACCACCAGGAUCCCGUGUCCCCUCCCAUCGCACCCCCCAGCUGGGUGCCGGACCCCCCUCCCAUGGAUCCAGAUGGUGACAUUGAUUUCAUCUUGGCCCCUGCAGUGGGCUCCCUCACCACUGCUUCCACCGGCACCAGCCAGGGCCCCAGCACCUCCACCAUCCCCGGGCCGUCGUCUGAGCCCUCAGUGGUGGAGUCCAAAGACCGCAAGGCCAACGCUCACCUCAUCCUCAAGCUCAUGUGUGACAGCGUGGUGCUGCGGCCUCACUUGCGCCAGCUCCUCUCUGCCAAGGAUGCACGUGGAAUGACUCCGUUCAUGCUGGCAGUGAGCGGGAGAGCCUACCCAGCAGCCAUCACGGUCCUGGAAGCGGCGCAGAAAAUCGCUAAGGGGGAGUCUGGCAGUGGCGAGAAGGAGGACGCCGACUCGCUGUUCAUGGAGAUGAUCUGCCCCUCGGGCACCAACCCGGAUGACUCGCCCCUCUACGUGCUCUGCUGCAACGACACCUGCAGUUUCACCUGGACCGGUGCCGAGCACAUCAAUCAGGACAUCUUUGAGUGUCGGACCUGCGGCCUGCUGGAAUCGUUGUGCUGCUGCACCGAAUGUGCCCGAGUCUGCCACAAGGGACAUGACUGCAAGCUGAAGAGGACCUCCCCCACUGCGUACUGCGACUGCUGGGAGAAAUGCAAGUGCAAGACGCUGAUAGCUGGGCAGAAGGCUGCUCGUCUGGACCUGCUCUACAGGCUCCUCACAACCACCAACCUGGUCACUACCCCCAACAGCAGGGGGGAGCACAUCCUGCUGUUCCUGGUGCAGACAGUUGCCAGGCAGAGUGUGGAACACUGCCAGUACCGGCCGCCCCGCAUCCGAGAAGACCGCAAUCGCAAAGCUGCCAGUGCAGAGGACUCGGACAUGCCGGACCAUGACCUGGAGCCACCACGCUUCGCCCAGCUGGCCCUGGAGCGCGUCCUGCAGGACUGGAACGCCCUCAAGUCCAUGAUCAUGUUUGGCUCCCAGGAGAACAAAGACCCGCUGAGUGCGAGCAGUAGGAUCGCCCACCUCCUCCCGGAGGAGCAGGUGUACCUGAACCAGCAGAGCGGCACCAUCCGGCUGGACUGCUUCACCCACUGCCUCAUCGUCAAGUGUGCCCCGGACAUCACGUUCAUCGACACGCUCCUGGGCACGCUGGUGAAGGAGCUGCAGAAUAAGUACACCCCUGGAAGGAGGGAGGAGGCGGUGACCGUCACCAGACGCUUCCUGCGGUCAGUGGCCCGUGUGUUUGUCAUCCUCAGCGUGGAGAUGGCCUCGUCAAAGAAGAAAAAUAACUUCAUCCCGCAGCCCAUAGGGAAGUGCCGGCGUGUGUUCCAGGCUCUGCUGCCGUACGCGGUGGAGGAGCUGUGCAACGUGGCCGAGUCGCUCAUCGUGCCCGUGCGCAUGGGCAUCGCCCGGCCCACCGCCCCCUUCACGCUGGCCAGCACCAGCAUCGACGCCGUGCAGGGCAGCGAAGAGCUCUUCUCCGUGGAGCCGCUGCCGCCCAGGCCCUCCCCUGACCAGUCCAGCAACUCCAGUCAGGCUGCCUCGUCCUACAUCAUCCGGACCCCACAACCCCACCGUAGCAGCCAAUCCCAGCCCGUCCGCGGGCGCGACGAGGAGCAGGACGACAUUGUGUCCGCUGACGUAGAGGAGGUGGAGGUAGUGGAGGGUGUUGCUGGAGAGGAGGAUCACCAUGACGACCAGGAGGAGCAGGGGGAGGAGAACGCAGAGGCUGAGGGUCAGCACGACGAGCACGAUGAGGACGGAAGUGACAUGGAGUUGGAUCUCCUUGCUGCCGCGGAGACAGAGAGUGACAGCGAGAGUAACCACAGCAACCAGGACAAUGCUAGUGGACGGAGAAGUGUUGUCACGGCAGCAACUGCCGGAUCUGAAGCAGGCAGUAGGGUGUCCCUGGCAUUUCCCAUCUUUGGUGCCAGCAGUGUCCCUGCCUUCUUUUCAGAGGACGACUCGCAGUCCAACGACUCGAGCGACUCGGACAGCAGCAGCAGCCAGAGCGACGACGUGGACCAGGAGACGUUCCUGGUGGACGAGCCGCUGGAGAGGACCACGGGCACGGCGCACGCCAACAGCGCCGCCCAGGCGCCACGCUCCAUGCAGUGGGCCGUCCGCACCACGCCCAGCCAGCGGGCAGCAGGGGGCGCCCCGUCCAGCACCUCCACUCCUGCAGCGAGCUCCACGGGCCUGAUCUACAUUGACCCGUCCAACCUGCGUCGCAGCAGUGCCAUCAGCAACAGUGCUGCGGUGGCCGCCGCCGCUCUGGAGGCCAGCAACUCCAGCAGCUACCUGACGUCCGCCAGCAGCCUGGCCCGCGCCUACAGCAUUGUCAUCCGCCAGAUCUCCGACCUCAUGGGCCUCAUCCCCAAGUACAACCACCUGGUCUACUCUCAGUAUCCUGCGGCCGUCAAGCUCACCUACCAGGACGCGGUCAACCUGCAGAACUAUGUGGAAGACAAGCUGAUCCCCACCUGGAACUGGAUGGUGUCCAUCAUGGACUCCACGGAGGCCCAGCUGCGCUACGGCUCAGCGCUGUCCUCCGCUGGGGACCCGGGUCACCCCAGCCACCCGCUGCACGCCUCUCAGCACGCCGGCCGCCGAGAGCGCAUGACCGCCCGCGAGGAGCCCAGCCUGCGCACGCUGGAGGGCCGCAGGCGCGCCGCCACACUGCUGACCGCUCGGCAGGGGAUGAUGUCGGCCCGCGGAGACUUCCUGAACUACGCGCUGUCGCUGAUGCGCUCGCACAACGACGAGCACUCGGACGUGCUGCCCGUGCUGGACGUGUGCUCACUCAAACACGUGGCCUACGUCUUCCAGGCCCUCAUCUACUGGAUCAAGGCCAUGAAUCAGCAGACCACGCUGGACACGCCACAGAUGGACCGCAAAAGGAAUCGAGAAAUUCUGGAGCUUGGUUUGGACAAUGAGGACUCGGAACACGAGAACGAUGAGGACACCAAUCAGAGUUCCACGCUGCAAGACAAGGAUGACGAGCCGGUUCCCGCAGAGACGGGACAGAACCACCCCUUCUUCCGCCGCUCGGACUCCAUGACCUUCCUGGGCUGCAUCCCGCCCAAUCCCUUUGAAGUGCCCUUGGCUGAAGCCAUCCCAUUGGCUGAUCAGCCCCACCUCUUACAGCCCAAUGCGAGGAAGGAGGACCUGUUUGGUCGACCAAGCCAGGGGCUGUACUCCUCCUCUUACAUGGCCAGCAAAGGUCUUGCUGACAUGUCGGUGGAUAGGAACUGCCUAGAGGUAAGCAAAGGAAUUCUACCCACUAAGAUGUCGUACUCGGCCAACAUGAAGAACGUGAUGAGCAUGGAGUCACGGCCCAGGGGUAGCGAGGACCAGGCCGCAGCGGAGCAGGAGAUGGACACCUCCAAGCCCGGCCCCUCUCCCCACGACCUGGCUGCCCAGCUCAAGAGCAGCCUGCUGGCUGAGAUCGGCCUGACCGAGAGUGACGGACCUCCCUUGCCCUCCUUCAGACCCCACUGUAGUUUUAUGGGAAUGGUGAUCUCUCAUGACAUGCUGCUGGGCCGCUGGCGGCUCUCUCUGGAGCUGUUUGGAAGAGUCUUCAUGGAGGAUGUGGGCGCUGAGCCAGGAUCGAUCCUGACAGAGCUGGGUGGCUUUGAGGUGAAGGAGUCUAAGUUCCGGCGGGAGAUGGAGAAGCUGCGUAACCUGCAGUCGCGGGACCUGGCGCUGGAGGUGGACCGCGACCGCGACCAGCUCAUCCAGCAGACCAUGCGGCAGCUCAACACACACUUCGGCCGCCGCUGCACCACCACGCCCAUGGCCGUGCACCGCGUCAAGGUCACCUUCAAGGACGAGCCGGGCGAGGGCAGCGGAGUGGCGCGCAGCUUCUACACGGCCAUCGCCCAGGCCUUCCUGUCCAACGAGAAGCUGCCCAACCUGGACUGCGUGCAGAGUGUCAGCAAGGGCAUGCAGGCUAGCAUUGCUGCAUUCGCUGACUUGGGCGUGAACAUAGGAGAACAAGAUUUGAAAGAUCUCAUGCAACGACUGAGGAACAGGGACCGGGAGAGGGAACGCAGGAGCGGGGGGCUGCGAGCUGGCUCCCGGCGGGACCGCGACCGGGACUCGAGAAGGCAGUUGUCCAUCGACACCCGGCCCUUCAGGCCUGCCUCUGAAGGAAACCCCAGCGACGAACCGGACCCACUUCCGGCACACAGACAGGCGCUGGGAGAACGGCUGUACCCCCGGGUACACGCCAUGCAACCGGCGUUUGCGAGUAAAAUCACAGGGAUGCUGCUGGAGCUGUCCCCCGCUCAGCUGCUGCUGCUCCUGGCCAGUGAGGACUCCCUGAGGGCCCGUGUGGAGGAGGCCAUGGAGCUCCUUAUCGCACAUGGAAGGGAAAACGGUGCCGACAGCAUAUUGGACCUCGGUGUCCUGGACACCCCUGAGAAAGCACAGCAGGAGAACAGGAAGAGGCACGGCUCUACCCGCAGCGUGGUGGACAUGGAGCUGGACGACCCCGAUGAUGGGGACGAUAACGCCCCUUUGUUCUACCAACCGGGCAAACGGGGCUUCUACUCCCCACGACCGGGCAAGAACACGGAGGCCAGACUCAACUGCUUCCGCAACAUUGGCAGAAUACUAGGGCUUUGUCUGCUGCAGAAUGAACUGUGCCCUAUCACUUUGAACAGACACGUCAUCAAAGUGCUGCUCGGGAGAAAGGUGAACUGGCAUGACUUUGCCUUCUUCGACCCAGUGAUGUAUGAGAGCUUGCGGCAGCUAAUCCUCCACUCCCAGGCUGGGGAGGCCGAGGCCGUGUUCUCAGCCAUGGACCUGGCCUUCGCCAUCGACCUCUGUAAAGAGGAGGGCGCUGGACAGGUGGAGCUCUUGUCUGGUGGGGUGAACAUGCCAGUGACCCCUUUGAAUGUUUAUGAGUAUGUUAGGAAGUAUGCAGAGCACAGAAUGUUGGUGGUUGCUGAACAGCCUCUGCAUGCAAUGAGAAAGGGUCUCCUAGAUGUGCUUCCCAAGAAUGCCCUGGAGGACCUCACAGCAGAGGACUUCCGGCUUCUGGUCAAUGGGUGUGGAGAGGUCAAUGUGCAGAUGCUUAUCAGCUUCACCUCAUUCAACGAUGAAUCGGGGGAAAAUGCUGAGAAACUUCUACAGUUCAAGCGCUGGUUUUGGUCCAUUGUUGAGAAGAUGAGUAUGACAGAAAGGCAGGAUCUGGUGUACUUCUGGACAUCCAGUCCAUCUCUGCCGGCUAGCGAGGAGGGCUUCCAGCCGAUGCCUUCCAUCACCAUCCGGCCUCCAGAUGACCAGCACCUGCCCACCGCCAACACCUGCAUCUCCCGCCUCUAUGUGCCACUCUACUCCUCCAAACAGAUUCUCAAACAGAAACUCUUAUUAGCCAUCAAGACCAAGAACUUCGGUUUUGUGUAGAGGUUGACGAAAAAACAUGUUUACUGUUGUGUAAUAUUACUAGUUCCAUUUUUGUAGAUUUAUUUUUUGUCUAUACAAUUUUAUGGAAUUUAAAGAAAUGCUGUCGCAUCCCUGGCGGUAAUUUUGAUCUGUUGUGAAAGCAGACGGCUUGUUCUUAUUUUAUUUUCUGUUUUAUUUUAUUUUUUAUUUUUUUUCUGAAAUAAAUAUACAUUCCUGCAUUGGCUUUGUGAAGUUGAGCCCGCAGCUCUCAGUUCCAUUGGCUUGAACUGUAAUGUCCCAGGAAUCAUCUGUUCGACAUGAAACUGUCUGCCGAGCCCCAGCCAAAGAUGACAGCAGAAAAUAUUUAACAAAAAAAAAUUUACACUGUGAUUAUGAAUUUUUUCUUCCCCUUCUGCCCAUGACAGAAAACUUACUAUCACUGAGAGAUCACAGCUGCCUUUGUGGAAAGUCAUUUUUUCUUGUAUAGGGGGAGUAGGGAAUUUCAGAAUAAACUUGGAUGCAACUA